UGCCACCUAUCCAAGGGAACAGACUUUAAGUUACCGUGCACCUUUUCAUACCAACCUUCCCAUACCACACGUUUCUCGUUUAUCCUAUGAAACGUAAUUCAAUUUCUGUAUAACAGGAAAAAUCGUUUAUACGAUUUGUGUCGCUCGAGAUUCACAGGAAAUCAAGGAAUGGAAGGAUGCAGUACGCACUCUCCCUGUUAUCGACCAUAUCAAGAUUAAAGCAAGAAUCAAGGGAGAACGAAUGAUAGCGAGUGAUACCGAAUUCACCCGAAGGGUUAGUCGUGUUCAGUGUUGUACUUUCCACGAAUACUGGAUGAAUAAUACUGCAACUCCUUUGCACCAUUCGAACACAUUAUCAACUAUAUAUAUUUUUCAACAUGUUUUGAAAUUUCAUCAAAGAAUUAGCCAUGUGUUUGUGAAAUUUUAAAUACACGUGGAUUUUCAUUUAACUUGAAGUUUAUUUAGGAGGACAUUUAUUGGAAAUGUAAUCGAGGAUUUCUUAUUGUAUUACUGAAAAUAGAAAAAAAUAUAUUGCAAAAAUUGUUAUGAUACGGAUAUGAUUAAGUAAAGAAUUAAUAGAGAUAAUUUGAAGAAAUGUUAAAAGAUUUUAUCAUCAUUUUGAUGGUGUCAAUUCAAUUUCUAUAAAUAAAUAGUAAAUAUAGAAAAUAUAAGAUUUUCAAUGUCUGAUGUAGUGCUUGCUCGAUGCUGCGGUUUCUCAGUUUAACGUGGUUAUCGAUCAUGCAACGAUACAUAACGGAAGUACAAGUGAUAUAAAUAUAUGAUAAAUGAUGAAGAAAAAAGAAUCAAUGGAUAUCUUAAAAUUGUUCAAAUCAAGUUUCUAGUGAGGUGAACUUAUAUGUAUGUAUUUGUGCUUUCUUCGCUAUUUUUAUGGAGAAAAUUAAUCAAAAGAUCGAAACAUGCGUGUUUCGAAAAAAAAAUUGUUUGAUGGACUGGAUUUAUUGCUACAUCAUUAAACAAAUUGAUAUUUGGUGUUACUAAUUGUAUGAGAAAAAUGAUAGUUGCUAAUUCGUUCAUAGAUGAAGAACCAUGACGAACGUUGGUCAACGCUAUAACACAGCUGUAGAAAAAUAUAGGUAACCGACAGAUAAACAGAUGGAAGGUGAAAGAGCAAAGAAGGAAUUUCAACGAUGAUCGUAUAUUUUCUUGGCAAUGAUUUCCUCCGAAAUUGAAAACGUGUUUAAACGAAUUUAAAGAGAUAAAUCUGACGAACUAGAGCGAAAAAAGAGCAAGAAAUUACGAGCAUGGGUUCUUUGCCAAAUUUACACGAAUUGUCAAAGGACAAACUCGAAAGUCCUGCUUAUAGACCGGCUCCGAUCGGUGGUUUAGGACCCAUACGACUGCCAGCUCAGCCUCCGCCGUUAGCACAUACUCAUAGACGCGCUAGAAGCAGUGGUCAUCAUCAUACCUUGUGGGAUAAUGAUGCUAUGCUCGAGCAUAUGGCAGCAUAUUCCCCAAUUUCCUGCCGAUCAACACGAACGUCUGCAUUAUCAUGGCGUCGACGAGACUCGAUGAACUCAUCUGCAGGAGCAUCAUCUGUUCGUCGGCUGAUCGCUGCGGUGAGGACAGCUCCUUCCGGUCCAAGACCUCCGAAAAAAGUGAUCCUGAGGCAUUGUGCUGCUCUUCUCUUAGGACACGCGAGCUGUUCAGCUGCUAUGCUGCCCAUGUUCCCGUUGCAAGCUGGCCUCGGUACAUUCACUCUUCAUCUGGGACCGAUGUUGCUCGCUCUUCUUUAUGCAACUGCGACGAUUACUAGUUGCUUUGCGCCAAUUCUCGUGCAAAGAUUUGGGACUAAUCUUGCAAUAAGCACUAGUCAUAUGGCCACCACCGUUUUCGUUGGAUUACAUUUAUACCCAAAAUGGUACAUACUAUUACCUAGUUAUGCAAUGUUAGGCGCUUGUAUAAGUCCAAGUUUCAUAGCAAGAGUUUCACACAUAAACACUUCAGCGACAAGUUUAGCUCUGGUAUGUGUCGAUCCCGAGGAUCCUGAUGAAACAAGACGCGAGUGCCUUCUGAGAAGACUUAAUCGAGCAAUCAAAUUAGCAGAAGACAUAGGUCUCGCACUGGGUUGUUUAAUCGCUGCCGUACUUGUAAAAUUAAUAGAUUCAAAACCUCUCAACACAAUAAGCAGUGAAAACGACAUGUGCGGAGCAGAAUAUUGUCCGGAGGAUUAUCCUUAUAAUGGCACAACUAAUUUAUCGACAUUAUCAUCUGAUACAUCAAAAAUAUUGGUCAGCAUAUGGUUAGGCCUUGCUGUUUUAGGCUUAAGUAUAUCGUGCGCUUUUCUCGACUCCAGAAUGAAAGAACCGCAGAAUGUAAAUGAAAAGCAUAGCAUGCAAAAUAUCCUCGCGUCUGUGAAAGCAGCAUUUUUGGAUCCUAAAUUACAGCUGGCUGCACCAUUAACACUUUUUAUCGGACUUGAACAGGGUUUUAUCUAUGCCGAUUUUAUAGAAGCAUAUGUAGUUUGUGCUUUGGGAGGAGCUAGCACUGUAACUAUCAGUUUUUUAGCUUUAGCUUCUUUACAAGCUCUUGCUGGUGUCACUUUAUCAAUGUUAUUAAGGCACAUUAAAAGAUAUUUCGUUGUAGUUGUAGGAUUUGUAUUUCACGCAUGUUUAUUGUUGGUUUUAACUACCUGGAGACCAUCUGGUGAUGAUCCAGCACUUUUUCACGUUAUAUCUGCUGCCUGGGGAGUUUGUAACUCCAUUUGGGAGACUUUAAUAUACACACUAGUAUUAGGUUUAUAUCCAAAUUCUUGGCAAGGACCUUUAUCAACGUCUCUCUUUUGGAAAUAUCUUGGUCUCGCCCUCACUCUUGGCUUACAUGGUUUGGUCUGUACACGAUUUCGUGUACUUGGUCUUUCCGGUGUGCUACUUCUUUCAGUGCUUCCUUAUGGAUGGUUAGAAAUUAGAUUGGCGAAAAGAGGAAAAAGUUUGGCACCAUUGUGACUGGGAGAUCCAUCUACGAAUGAUCAUAGAUCAAGUAUCAAAACAGAAGCUCGUUAUAAAGAUUGAGAUAAGUUCGUUCCAUUCGGCUUAAGAAGGACAAGAAGACAUAAUAGAAGCAGAAAUCCUUUCAUUGAACAUGCUUCAACUAUUGCAAAAUUACGCACACGAAGAAGAGCAAAUAGUGUUGCUUUUGCUUGUAAUAUUGAACAAAAUAUAACAGCAAAAGAUAUUGAACCACAACCUUCUUCAUCUGCAAAUGAUCAUCGAGUAAGUAUUACAAAUCAAGACGGUGUUUUUCCUGUUUCUUAAGAUUAGAUAAUUCUUAAGAAAUUACGUAAUUUUUUAAUAUUUUCUAUGUUUAAAUAUAGGUUGAGAUUAAAUAACAAAGACAAUUUUUAAUUCAAUAAAUUUAAUUACAUUCUGUGUCUUUUUCCUUAGGUGUUUAAUGUUUCCAAAUAUUCAAAUUGAAAAUUUUAACUUUAUAAUUAUUGCAAUAG